AUUUUCGAUUUCAAGGAAUUCUGCCAUAUUUAUGUUUGAGUUAUUCAGUUAUAAACAGGACACAAAAUUCACUGUUUAUCUUCAAUCGUAAUCUCUUUCUUAAAAACAGUGUCAGUAGACACCAGGCGAGGUCUCAAGGAGGGGGCAAUUGACUCCAUUGACCCCCCCCCUUGGAUCCGCGCCUGGGAUAUAGAAGGUGUAAUGUAAACCAUUUUAAAUACAUGGGCAGCUCGUUAAAUGUAAAUGGUGACUGAUGAUAAGGUAAUAACCAAGGUCGAAAUUAUCACGUAAGGCUUUUAUGACUUGAAACUAGUUUUAUGUAACAGAAAUAUGUUGAUGUAUAUUCGUAAGAAAGUCCUGAAAUGUUAUGUGUAUUCCAUCCUAUUAUGUGGUUGUAAGACAUGAACAUUAAAACUCACAAUGCUUAACACAUUAAAACCAUUCGAAUUGUGGUGCUACCGACGGAUCCUAAAAAUAUCGUGGGCUUCACAAACUUCCAGUGAAUAUGUUCUUAAAAUGAGGAAUGCAGAUAUCUGCUGAUAAACAUCAUAAAGAGGAGAAAAGAGAAAAACAGAAUAGUUCAGUCAUAUAAUUAGAGGACCUAAAUACCAUCUACUUCGUCUUAUAAUACAAGGGAAAGAGAUAUAUCUGCGUAAGAUUAGACAGUGGUGUGGCUCCAUAGUAGAAGAAUUAAUUCGUGCAGCAGCCGCUAGAAAAGGGUUUCAGGAAUUUGUAAACAUUUGUAUACAUACACGGCACCAUAGAGAAAUAACAACAAGUUAUUUGUUGUUAUUUCUCUAUGCACGGCACCUAAAGAAGAAUAUUAUAUCAUGCACAUAUAUCUAUUUGAAACAUACAUUUCAAUUCUUACAUACUUACGGCCGGUUUCACAAAGUAAAGUUAACUUGUGGUUAAGAGAUAACCAGAGGUUCCCCCAUUAUAAUAUAUUGGGGUGACCUCUGGUUAUCUCUUAACUUGACUUUGUAAAACCGGCCGUUAUGGUUAAAUGAAAAAAACCUAACUUAUCAUGUAUCUCAGUAAUUCAACGCCUCACUAUUUGCAAAGUUAGCGUUAUCAGCAAUAACCAAUCAAUAUUUAUCUUUUUUGUUUGCGAAAUACUUAAUAGAUAUCAAAAAAUUCAAUAUACAUAUCAAAUUAAUACUGUUACAUCUACAAUGUUGCCAAAUGGAUACCAGCACGGUUUGAGAAGUAGAGGUGAUGGUAUAGGAAGGAAAUAUAGUAGAACGGUCAGAUUUGUAGGUUUUAUUAGUUAUGCUUUAAGCUAUAGUGCGGCGGCUAGUUUUUUCUGUAGAUACACAUAAUUAUAAAAAGACUGAUAUCUAAAACCCAAAAAAUGUGUGAUCAUAACUGUAAGUGUUCCGCCCAUCCAGUGGCGUCUCAAUCUUUAGACGAAAUGGAUUUCGAAAGGGGUAUUUGGUAUGCAGCUCAGUAUGGUGACCUAGAGAGAGUCAGGAAACUAGCCAACGAGAGGAGAUGUGCAGAUGAGAAAGAUUCAGCGGGUUAUACUGCUCUUCACUACGCAGCACGAAAUGGCCAUCUGACAGUUUGUUUGUUUUUGUUGGACAAUGGUGCAGAUGUUAAUGCUGUUACCAAAGGAGGAGCUACAGCAUUAUGUCGAGCAGCAACUGCAGGCAAAGAAGAUGUGGUAGAUCUCUUACUGUCAAAAAAAGCCGAUCCCUUCAUUCAAGAUUCUGAUGGUAAGACAGCCCUACAUCGAGCGACGGAAAACAAACAUUUUGAAAUUUGCAAAAGACUGUUGAAUGUGGCACCUUCGCUUUGCGAAGUGGCAGAUAAUCGAGGGAAUAAGGCAGCUGUCAGGAACUGAUCAAAAAUACGGCCUAGAUAUUUAUUAAAUCUAUUUUCAAAUCGUUUUAUUCGUUUAUAAUUAUUGUAUCGGUGCACUAAAUUUAUUAAAAAAUUUAGACAGUAA